AUUUUGGCCAGCAACUGCGCAGUUGAUUCGGCUGGGAACUGGGCCACUGGGCAGUGGACGCAAAGGACUCACAAACGACGCAAUACAAUCCUCUUCCUCUGCCUCUGGUCAGGUGUCGCGGCGGCAGCAACGGCAAUCCAAUUCCACUCCAAUGGCGGCCUCGUCCUCCUUCAAGCCGAACCCGCUGUCGCUGAGCGUGCCGGACCCCGCGCUCGACCGCUGGCUCCGGGACAGCGGCUACCUGGACCUCCUCGACUCCACCACCACCACCGGAAGGCCGUCGUCGUCAGCCUCGGGCCCCUCCGCCCCCUCCUCCGCCGCCUACAGCCCCGGCGCCGGCCAGGCUUCCUCCGGCGUCGCGGCCGACGUCCUCGCCUUCGCGCGCACCCUCGCCUCGCUCCUCGCGCUCAACCCCUUCGCGCGCCUCUCCACCGCCGACCUGGCCGCACCCACCCCGUCCUGGUCGCUCGCCUUCGUCGGCCCCCCCGGCGCCGCGUCCUACUCCUGGCCGCCCACGCCCACCCAGGCCAGGCUCCGCGUCCAGGAGAACUUCCGCCGGUACGCGCGCAACUACGCCGCGCUCGCCAUCCUCGUCUUCGCGUGCUGCCUGUACCGGAUGCCGAUGGCUCUGCUGGGCAUGCUGGCCAGCCUCGCUGUCUGGGAGGGCGUGCGCUACUGCCGGGACCAUUGGGACCUCACCACCAGAGCUCCGGGGGUUGCCCAGGCUCUGCUGCACUGUGCGCAGAUUGCCACUGCUGUGCUACUGUACGUCUGCAACCUACAGUUCGCGCUGGUGUACGCCGUUGGGGUGAGCUACGCACUGAUGCUGCUGCACGCCUCCCUCCGGAGGCUGACUACUCCGUCGAGUCUACCAGACGCUAGCAGCAACAAGAACAGGAGGGCGCAGCCGAGACGGAGCUAGGGUACGUUACAUGCCGGGCAGUACAGGGCGCUCUACAGACUACAGGCGAGCGAGAUGUCCAUGGCUGUAUAGAACCGUGCAUGGUUGAUGGUCCCAAAAGCGUCGCCGGCUGGUUUGUUUGGAAGUUUGGAACAGUGCACAUGCUGUUGAGGCGGCGAACAUGGACGGGUGAAGAAUACGGCCAUCAGGACAUAUAUACUGUCACCGAAAACUCCGAGAGGCAUACGCUUUGUUUAGUUUAGUUUUUUUUUCUUUUUUUGGUGUGUGGAGAAAGAUAAGGAAGCCAAAGGUAGUUUGUUCUGUUCCUGCGUGGCUGAGUGGACGCCAUUCGGUGGUUCACUGAGGCUAUGAACCAUGGCGUAGAGUAGACGAACCCCACACAUGGCAGAGAGCAUCGCAUUCGUUUCACACUCGACUUUGUUCUAUGCUCUAGGCCGAGUAAAAGAAGACUAGUUUUGGAAACUUAAAUUCGGAGUUCCUAGAUACUGAGAGGAAAAUGAGCUAAUUUCUU